GUGAUGGUAGAGUAUGACAACCAAGAAUGGUCAGACAGGAAAUGGCAGAAAGCUUGUGACGUAUGGCAGGUCUUCCUGGUAGAGCGUACACUGGUGUUUGCUCCUCGUGUUGACCCAAUGAAGAAGGCACGACAUACCAGAAUUCAUUGGCCUUGCUUGAAUUUCAAGACUAUCAUAGAUAAACCAGGCAUUGCGAAUCAUCGGCUUAAACCAGUUGAGUACCUCCAAGACCAACAGAUUGGAUAUGUUGAGGACAAUGACAUGCUCUCAUAUAAGGAGGACCUCAUCAACCAAUCAGCAGCCAAGGAAUAUCCUGAUGUCCGCCAGGCAAUUAAAUCUUGGAUAGACUACCAAGACGGUCAGAGUAUUAUCUCAACCACGCCAACAGUUUUGAUUGGCUACCGUGUCUCUGUCUACUGUACCGAGGGUAUAAGGCAGUGGUAUUCGGCAGUUAUCCAGGCAUAUAAUGAAACAUCUGGGGAGUUGACUGUGACUGAUGACACUGUAUUGGAGGAACACAAUGAAGACCCCUGCAUGAUACAGAUGAAAAUUAUAGAUCAUUCAGUGGUUGAUUCCAUCCUAAGAGGGAUAGAGAUCGGGAUAGCCCCACGUCGUCGAUCCUGUAACGUCAAGAAAAAACCAGCCAUAAGUCAGGUUGUAACCAAUAGCAGAACAAGAAGCAAUAGCCCAGUAACCAAGGCACCAGUAACUAAGACAACCGUUCCAUCUACACGAAGCUCCACAACUAAAGUCUCCUCAUCUCCUCUGGUAAAGCCAAAACCUACGAAAAAAGCUACAGUUGAUGCUCAAGAUACUACCAAAAAAGGAUUAGUAGAGAAGACUGUUACUACUAAAGCAGCUAACGAGCGACAAGAUACAUGUAGUCGUAAACGUACAACUGAGGAGCAGAUAACAGAAGAGCCUGUCGUUAAAAAACCAACUUCCAUAACCACACCUACUAAACGUAACACUCGACCACAAUCUGCGGAGCGGUGUCAAUCGACAGGAUUGAAUCACUCUCAGCAAGUUGAUUCAAACAGAUCAUUAAUUGUUAAAGUAACGAGGGAACAGAUUCCUAAGGUACCAAAAGUGACCAAAACCAAGGAUAUUAAAAGUAGAACUCCGAGAAAAGUGAAGUUGAAAUCACAAGUUGGUCAGGAUUCAGGAAAGUGUAUUACAUCAGUGAAACCACAAGACAUUCAAUUGAAAGUUGCGUCAGUGAAACCGCAACAAAAAGUUAUACCUCAGCCUCAUUCUGAUAAUAUUGCAUUGAACCUUGCGCCAAAAGUCGCAAAAGUUCGUCCUGUGGCUAAAGUGAAGCCAAAUCCUGAGGUUAAACCAGAAAUAAAUCUAAAUGAAAUAAAUCAACUUCCAACAUCAUCAGAUAUCUUAGAUGAGAAACUUUUAGAAAAAACUUCGAAAAAAGUUAAACCAAAAGCGGAGAAAUUUGGUGAUAAUAAACACAAGACAAAAGUUAAGAAGAAAGAGGUUCAAAAUGAACGUAAUAAAAAUUCAGAGGUAGCUCCAGCAAAAGACUUGGAGUCAACUCCCUCAAAAUCUAACCAAUCAGGUCCAACACAAAGUGCCGAAUCAUUACAAAAUACUGAUCCAAAAAACGGGUCAGACUUGAGUGAAUUCUCUGAAGAAAACAUUGACAACAGUAUGCAUUAUAAAAAGGUCCAUCUUUUAGCAGCAGGGGAGAGUUAUAAUAAAGAAAACAAAGAUAAAGACUCUAAUGGAGUAGAUAAAAAUAAUAUUUCAGCCAAAAUAGAUGUGAAUAUUUCUGUCAUCGAUCAGUUGGCAAAACACAACAAAACUAACAAUUCCAACAAUGCAACAAAAUUACCAGAUGAUACAUCCCAUAAUGCAUCUGAUGACAAGAAUAGAACAAUUGAGACAAAUGGUAGUCAACCGGGUCCAUCUAAUGGUAACUACCCUCACCAUCUCCACUCCCCCAUAGUCACACAUAGCCCCCACCACAGAGACACUGAGCGUCCACAUAGCAGUGAGCGAUCUCAGCCUAACACUAAGAUCUCAACAGAUACAAGGACAGAUUCUAAACACACUGACAUUCGAAUGACUGAGCUACGUCGAUCGGCUGACUCAGAUCGGCCACCGACUAGCCCUUUAGUGAUUGACAGAUCAAAACCUAUUGAGGUUUACAGGGACCCAAAACUUAUAGAAAAAGACAUUGAGUUACAACACAGGAAAUUCACUGGGAGUAUACCCCCUCAAGGUUCCCAUGUUGCUGUGACAUAUGGUAGGCAUGGGGGUACUCACACUCCAGUCCCCACCACAGCAGCAGGAGGCUACAUGCCCUCAAUGGCAACCUCUCACUCCCAGGCAUUAGCUCUAGCCCAGGCUGCCCAUCAACGUAACUUAGCGUUGCACUACCCACAGGCAUACAUGUUACCCCAACAUUUAGCCGUUGUGGCUGGUGCUGACCCACGUAGUCUCGGCUCUAUUGCUCAACAGUCCAACGCCAACUCCAUCUAUCAGAGCCAGUUGCUACACAACCCUCACUUAUUAUCUCUAGUGCCUGGUGCCACAGCUAGUAUCACAAGUGCGCAGCUGGAGUUACUAUGGCAACAGAAGUUCCCCACCACCCCUGUUCCACCUACUUGGAUGCUAGCUCAGUACCAGGAAGAUCUACUUAGGGAUGCUAAUAUUCGACGGGAACAGGAGCUAUUAGCAGAGAGGCAAAGACAAGAAAGAGAGCGAUCGGAUAGAGUAGAGAGAGAGAGAAAGGAGCGUGAAGAGAAGGAACGACGUGAACGUGAUGAGCGUGAACGCAUCGAGCGAGAACGUCGUGAGAGGGAGAUACGAGAGCGUGAAAUGCGCGAUCGAGAGAGGAAAGAGUAUGAACUACGAGAAGACAGAAGACAGCAUAUAGAAAGGGAGCGCAUUUUGCAAGAAAGUGCAGUUGCCAGUGGCCGUAUCCUCAAGGAGUCUGCCCCUCCUGUAGCAGCUGUGGACGAACACUUCAGUAAAUCCCUCCUAAAGCCUGGUGGAGCUCACAAGGUGACGGCUAGUACAUGGCACCCUUCUGUGUCUCUGCCCACCCCUAAGACCACCUCCAGCAACUCUAGCGAUACAAGUACAGCCUACUCCACAAUGUCUGCCAUGUACCACUCACAAGAUGGACAGUCCAGAGUCAAGGAUGAACGAAAAUCAGAGCUGACUUUGAAAGAUUUGAAACAGGAGAGUGGUGGAAUUAGAGAAUACUCUGACAGAGCCCAAGAUCUCCUACACAAGCAGAGUGAAGACAGGAGACGGCUGGAAUAUGAACACACUCAGAAGUUGAAACAAGUACAACUUGCACACGAGAAGGCUCUGCAAGAUCAACUUAGUAAUGUCAGUGAUCCUCAGAAGCGGGAAUCAAUUCUGAAGGCGUAUAUGAUGGACACUAGCAAGGGAGCAUUUGCAGCUGGAUACCAUAACUACCCUGGGCCAAGCCUCGGUGGACAACCUUCAAGACCCGGGUCAGCUUUCCAGAGCCCUGGGGGAGGAGGAAGCACCCAAGGGGUAAAGAACGAACCUGGUUACUUCAGUUUGUAUGGCUACCAACCAGGUGCAAGCUACCCUGGAUACAUCAAACAGGAAUUACGACCACACAUGUACGACCGUGAUCACGACGAGAAAUCGAGAGAAUCUAAAGCCAGCCCCACUUUAAGUUCUAGCUCGACUGGAUCAGCAGAUAAAAAACAUGGACUAACUUCUCCACCUCCACUAAUAAAGGAUGGGCGACAUCACCAGAGUUCAGUGAUUGUUGAAAAUAAAUCAAAGGAUGUUAAAGGUCCCAUAGACUAUAGUAGAAUACAGCAACAGAUGGGCUCCUUAUCUCCGAAGUCACAGGCGAAGUUAUUCCAACAGCAUCAUGAUAGGUCAGUGAUAUCUCAAUUGAUGGAGAAGCCCCCAGUGUCUAUACCAAGUGUGAGUAGGACAAGUGGAGGCCCCACUGCCCACACAGCUACCUCCAGUCAUGCCUUCAGGCCAAUGGACACUAAAUCUAGCCACUCAUCCAGUGGACAUACUCCUCUGAGAGUAAGCAGUCCCCAGCAGUUAGCUGUAAUGAGACAGACAAUAGAAGCACACAGGAACAAAGUAGUAAAGCAGGAGAACAAAUCACAGUACAUAGCACAGCCCCCAGUCUCUGUACCAUCAAGCUCCUCCUUCUUAUCAACUAUAGCUCCGCCCCCUGUCUCUAUACCAGCCUCAAGCUCCUCCUACUCAUAUAACCUCAUACAGCAAGGAUUGGCCCCUAAUCCUAUGUACAGCCAAAGUACCCCUAUACAGACCACCAAGGUCACUGCUACUCCUAAAGAACAUAAGAGCCCUCCAGACCCUAGAUACUCUCAGCCAAGCAACAUGUCAAAUACUAACAAUAUUACAAAUAUGGACCCUAAACAGAGAGCAAGGCAUGGCCUUCCAGAGCAGGUCAUUCCUAAGAAAAAAAUAAAAACAGAAGCAGGUGUGGCAUCUGUCAGACCUAUGGGGCAAAACAUUCCAAGCUCCACAACAGGUGGUAGCACAACUGCAACUGCGACUGCGACGACGGGUAAAUCAUCAAACAGUCCGAGUGGUUUUAUGGACAGUUUUAGGUCAUUUGUUGAAAAUACAGUACAGACCGCAUUCUUUCAAGACCAGGAUGCAUUGAAACGGGCAGGGAAAUCAAAAAUUUUGGGUAUCCCCCAACAAAAUGUAGGGAAUCCACAACAGAAUAAAGGAAGCCCUCAACAGGCUCCAAAUAUUGCUGUGACCCAGCCAACUACAUCUGUGUCCAUGGCAACCAGUCGUGUUACCCCAACAACUACAUCUCCAGCAACCACAACAACAGCAUCCUCAGUGUCAUCUAUGAAUACAAAUCGACCACCCCAGUCAAACACACCUGGCUAUAUGUCAGCUAGUUCAUCAUCUUCUAUCAUGGAUACUAUAAAUCGAGUCGCUAACGGUAUGAUUGACACUGAUAGUGAUACAUUGAGCGCACCUAGUCCGCCGCCUCAUAUUAAAAAUAAUACUGAUUUUUCACCUAAUAAAUCGGGUAGCUAUAAGAACUUUAAAAAAGCCUGGCUGCAACGGCAUUCAGAUGAAGAUAAAAUAACACCAACUGGUGAACUAGAUCACACAACUCCCCCUGGUGAUCAGUCGGGGGAAGGCGAGGCUUCCCGCGACGAUAAGGACUGCGGGAAGCCGAAAACAACCAAACAAUGCUUUGUCAACUGCUCUUACAUCUCCCCUACCAAAGAUGGUGGAAGUAAAUCACCAAUCAGCACCCUCGUUAAGCCUCCUAGUUAUCAGCCAUUGCAAACAGAGGAUUCAACGUCAUCUGCGUCGGAAUCGGAAUCUCAAGGAAUGGAUGGGAAUCUGAAGCGAAGGAUGAAGCACAAACAACGGAAAACUAAAGACAAAGAUGUGAAGAAACCUAAAUCGACUGAUUCAAAGGAAACCUUGACAACGAAAAAACGUCCUCAGCAAAAUCGGAAACAGAAAUUAGACUGUAGAGACUGUAAUAAGCCUAAGCCAUGUGACUGCCCUAAUGAGGUCAAGAAAGAGUUCACUGAUUCUGUUGAAGAAAAAGUGAAAAAUCGUAAAAGCGAUGAAGAGAAGGGAAGAUUGAUAGUGAAUGAUGUCAAGUCAAAGGAAAAGUCCAAUCAAGCUGCCAAUAGUGAUGCGGAGUCCACUACAUCUACAUCGUCAAAGAAACGAGGGACUCGCAAAAGUAAGAAGGACUUGAUUAAAGAAGUUCAGGAUAGAGAAAGAGAGAAGAUAGAUCCUGCUAAUUACUACAGCAGUCAAAAUAGCAUUGCGUCCUACAAUAAACCACUUGUUCGUGAAUCAAUUGCCAAACUAAAGAAAACUCAGGAACCAUUCCUUCAGGAUGGCCCAUGCACAGAAGUUACACCUCGGCUAAUGAAGUGUCGAGAAUGUAAACUCACUCCCCAGGCGAAGAGUAAGAAGGUUGCCAAUACAAGCAUAUUCUGCCGAUUUUAUGCAUUUAGGAGGUUGCGCUACAGUAACAAAGGCUAUUUGACGAUUGCGGGAUUCUCCGAACCGACCGAUGCAGAAAUCGAUGAUAUUGAUCUUUGGAUGCCUCGAAUUAACAUGACCUCUACAACACUGGAUGUAGAGACAUCGUUGUACAUCAUCAUGAAUGUUGGAGAUCGUUUCUGCAAGCUGGUUGAGCAAGAGAAAGAGGCACUGUCAACGGAAACAGAAUGUAAAAUAGCAUGGAAACGUGCAGUACAGGGUGUCCGGGAAAUGUGUGAUGUUUGUGACACGACAUUAUUUAACAUGCACUGGGUGUGCCAUAAGUGUGGAUUUGUAGCCUGUUUAGACUGCUACCGCAACAAAGCUCGAAGCAUAGCUGAGAUAGAGCAAGACUCUGAUGAGGAAGGCGACUCUGAUGGCGAACAAGAAGGCCGUCAUUGGAUAAACUGCUCUGCAAACCGACAGUCACAUAAACCAGACAAACUUAUGCUCACACAGAUUAUACCUUCAAAUGCAUUAUGGGAGGUUGGAGAGAUGAUACAUAAUGUGCGUGAUAAAUGGAACAUCAAGGCCAACUGUCCAUGUGGGAAGAACAAGGAUGAUUCGUUACCACUAAAGAAUGGAGUCAGCCAGCAAUUACUAAAUGCAGUAAACCACUGUAGCCAGAAGGAGGGAAAGCUAGUAAAUGGAAACUCUGAUGAUCACAAGAAACUAAGUUCAUCAUUCUCUGAGACCUUUUCUAAUGAUGUCAAAUCAUCCCCUAAUGGACCCCUUAACAACAGCUUUGCUGGCUAUUCAUCCAAGUCGAACCUCGGUGAAUACAACCCUAAUGCCCCAUCACCAUUGAGUUUAUUGGCUGAUGUUGCAUCUAUGGACUCUAUUGAAAAAGGUCGGGCUGAGAAAUUAGGCUGGGGUGAAGCGAAGAAAGUACUUUAUAAAAAGAAGGAGGAAUAUCAAACUCAAAAUGCUAACCUUGCUCAAGUGAAUGCUAUGCUUGAUGCCGAGGGGUUAACAGAAGAAGAACGGAAUACUUCAACUUUGAGAGAUCUUCUCACAAAGCAAGCGUUCAAAGUUAAGACAAAUGGUGAUAACACAACUCACUCUGGUAACCACCCUAAAACUAAGUCAUUCAGUAAUACCUUCAAUGACAUCAUCAAGACUGUUGUUGAGCAAAACCUGCCAAAGGACAAUGCCCUGGUAUACCAGCCCCCUAAACUUUUACAUUACAUCCCCAAGAAUGGCCACCAUGCUCUAGCCGGUCGAAGCCACCCCAUACAAGCCUACACUCUUACGGAAACUACCGUCCUAUACCCUGAUGUGCCCCACUCCUGGCUAUGUGAGGGCAGGCUACUACGUCUACAUGACCCAAAACACCCAGGAAACUUCAAACUUUUCCAGCAACAAUGGCGUAAAGGGCAGCCAGUAUUGUGCUCCGCAGUGCACCAACAGAUGAACAGAGAACUUUGGAACCCGACUGCUUUCUCGGAACAAUUUGGACAUAUUGAGAAUGAUGUCGUCAACUGUAAAACCGGUGUUGUCAUCAUGGGUCAUGACAUGAAAGAAUUCUGGGAUGGCUUCGAGUCGAUGCAACAACGUUUGACUGAUGAUGAUGAAGAUCCAAUGUUGCUGAAACUGAAAGACUGGCCACCUACUGAAGAUUUUGCAGAGAUGCUCCCUCAAAGAUUCAAGGAUCUCAUGCAGGCUCUUCCAUUACCCGAGUACACCCAUAGAACUGGACGAUUAAAUCUUGCCUCUUGUCUCCCAGAUUUCUUUGUCAGGCCAGAUCUUGGACCAAAGAUGUAUAAUGCUUAUGGUAUGGCCCAGAAUGCAGCUGAUGGAACAACCAACCUCCAUCUUGAUGUCUCCGAUGCCGUCAAUGUUAUGGUCUAUGUUGGAAUUCCCCAAGAUGACAUCGUGGACCAUGUAGAAAUUGUCAAUAAAGUCAUCGAGGAGGCUGGUGUUGACAGUUUCACAAGACGGAGGAUCCGUGAAGCCAAAGAAAAACCUGGUGCCCUAUGGCAGAUCUAUGAUGCCCAGGAUGCUGAUCAGAUCAGAGAUCUUCUCAAUAAAGUUGCCAAAGAACGUGGAGAGGAGAUCGAGCCAGAUCACGAUCCCAUACAUGACCAGAGCUGGUACCUUGAUAAGUUCCUACGUGAUAGACUGUACAGAGAGUAUGGGGUCCAGGGGUAUACUAUCGUACAAUGUCUGGGAGAUGCUGUGUUUAUCCCAGCAGGUUCACCUCAUCAGGUGCACAACCUGCAUAGCUGUAUCAAGGUUGCUGAGGACUUUGUCUCCCCAGAGAAUCUGAACCACUGCUUCCAACUGACCCAGGAGUUCAGGUAUCUCUCUGAUACACACAGUAAUCAUGAGGAUAAGCUACAGGUGAAGAAUAUCAUCUACCAUGCUGUAAAAGACUCUGUGGCUGUCUUGAUGAACACUGAGCCUCCUCUCGAAUACUAAACCAGAUAUUCAUAUCAGUUGCUAGCUCUAGAAUGAGCUAAAUACUUCAACAGUAUGAGCAUGAGCAACACGUGCUAUAUGACUUAAACGACUUUUUAUCUCUCGGAUGAAAAACAUGAAUACUAAACAGCAGCUAGCUCAGUAUUGUUAGUGAUAGCUUUCUUUGUGGUGGUAAAGUAAUAAGCUAUCCUAGCUCUGUUUGAUUCAAACUAGUCAAGAUCUGUGAUCAACUAUUUAUGGAACAAGAUAAUAUGACUAUUAAAGUGACAUAGUCACAUAUUUGGACAAUAUGUGGAGAACAGCUAUUCAGUUCAGAAAUAUACACAUGGAGUAUCACUGACUGCAACAAUGCAAUACAAUGAUCGGGAAUCUUUACGAAGAUUCUUAAAGACUGCGUCGAAAUUGGUUUAGAAUGUUCACAUUUUGGAUGUGAUUAUACAACAUUAAAUGGGCUGCUAUGGAUGUAGAAGUGUGAAUUUGGACGGAAUUUCAAACAAUUGAAAUAUAUGUUUGAUUAUUUCAAACAAAGAUGUAAUGAACAGAGCCGAAAUACUUAUAUUACUUCAAAGUGAAGUCUAAAUGUAUCUGAUCUCAAAACUUAUAGACUAGUUGGGCUACUGUCUAUAUGUAAAAUAUUGUAUUUAUGCUCCUCUAAUAGGAAUAUCCAGGCUUUUCAUUAGGCUAGAACUUCAUAUUUCAGUGAUUUCAUAUUCAGUUACACUUUCAUGACCUGUUGCAACAAGAUAUCUAUUUGCUACCCCUUGCUUUUAUUCCUGAAUGUUGUGGAUGUUAUCUUAGAUCAAUGUAGAUUUUCUGGACCUAUUAUGGAUUAGGGCUAUACUUUUCCAUUAGGAAGACUACAUCUCCUCCGUGAUGUCAUUACCCAAUCUAGUAUAGAGCAUAUGAUGUUCUUGUUGGACAGUGUAAUGGUGUGAAUUUGAGAAUUUGUGUAGGUGGUUGAAUUGAUGCAUUGGAAUGCUUUAUAGUGAAUACUAUUUAAAUACAUGUACUGUAGUAAGAUGUGUGGUCUAUUCAUGUUUAUUAUGCAGUAAAACAUAUUUUAGUGCAGUGUUGAAAUGAUCAAAAUGAGACCACUGGUCUGUCCUGGAAUUCUUAUUUCAGAAUUGAACAGUUUUCUCAUUUGUACAAAAUAAGUAAUAACAACAAAUAUUUACCAUAAUGCAUCAGCAUUAGCAGACGUUGAACAAUGUGAAACAAGGGAAAUAACAAAAUGUAUCUCUAAGUUUCAUUUUAGAACAUUGUAAAAUGAGUAAUCUGAAUGAAUCUGUCAAAUGUUCUUUGUUUUACUAGCUUUGUAGAAAUAUACCUCACAGGUAAUAUCAGGAAAUAUGAAAUAUCUUUUCUAGUUAUAAUUUAAUCAAUCACCAUAGUAACUUAAAUAUGGGUGUUUCUUUGGAAAUUAUGUUAACCCAGUCAAGUAUAUUGUUGUACCUAAGCGGUAUCAUGCAUGGAAUGUAAACUGAAUAUCAUUUAUGGAAUGUAAACUGAGUAAUAUAUUACUGUAGCUUUUGGUUUUCAUUUCAAUCAUAUAUCAGUGAAAUAUUUUCUGUUUGCUUUAAAUUGGAUCAGUCUACUUUUACUUAGGGGGCUAAGGGUAAAGUGGACUGAUUCAUUGUGUUGCAUUCAGUUCAUCUCAUAUUUCCCAUAAUGCAUCAUUUCUAGCAGACAGUAGAGAAAUAUCGCAUAUAUUCAAGUUGCAGAAAACAUAAAUAAUUAUCAAAGAAGGUUUUUAAGUGUGACUUUUAUUUUGGGGAGGGGAAGAUUUACAUUUGAUAAUUAUGGAUGUUUUGUGUGAAAUAUUUUAUCAAAACGUGCAAAUGAAUGUAUUGUGUAUGGGUUUGUAGAUAUUUGUUAUGUAAACAGAGAUUUAACAUAUUUUAUGUGUAGUAAGUGUGGAAACCAAAUAUUCGGAAAGUAUUUGGUCUUGUUAGUUUUUAAAAAUUUUAUUUGAAAUUAGUCGGAUGGAACUGUAUAUUCUGUCGAAACAGUUUUCAUUUGGUAUUAAUUUUGUAAAUGUGCAUUAAAAUGUAAAAGGGAGCUACGCUGGAUACAAAUACCUGUUACGUUUAUAUGUCAAUGUUAUGUAAAUAAUCUAUAGCCCUAUUUUUAUAUGACAGAUUACUAUUGGGUAAUCAGUGGUUUUAAAAUCAACAUAUAGGUGUCAGCCUAAGUUGGAGGAUCUGUAUUGAUUUUCAAUGUCACUGAUGACAAAAUUCUGAAUAAAGACUAUAUGAUAUGUUCAAAUAUAAA